AUGUGUGUUAGUUUGAAGUCCAACGCCGUCGCCGGUUUGGUUAGACUUGAUGAGCUCUUUGUCCCUGAUGAGAUCUCAUUUGUCAAUGCCACCGUGCCAAAGAACAAGAAGAUCUUCAAUGAGGAGACCAGCUACUACGCUCCCUCUGGUGACUACUGGUUUAAGACGGUCAAGGGCAAGAAGGUUUGCUUCACUGGCACCACUGAGACUUCGGCCGCUAGUGAUAUUGCGGGGAAGAGUAACGUGUGGUUUUCCGAUAUGAUGGAGUCCGCAGUCGAGGCUGCUCGCAAGAUGAAUGAGGAUGGUUGCACCUUGGUUAUCAUCCUCACUCAUCAGCGUGAGGGUUAUGAUGUCCUCUUAUGGAGGAAGGCUGUUGUGGAAGAGGGUAUCAAGAUCGAUGCUAUCAUUGGUGCCCAUGAUCACUUCCCUGCUUUCUUGAAUCUUCAACACCCCACUAAGCCUGAUAUUAUAACUCCUGUGUGGAAGAUGGGUAUGGAUGCUCAAAUGCUCGGCAAGUUCGUAUUUGGCUUUGAUGAUCAACAUCCUAAUGGUAAACUCCGCUUCGCUCAUGCCAUUCCGGUGUUGGAUGGUCAGUGUGAUCAGCACUUCAUCGGUACGGACAAUGAGGAGUGGUGGAACAAUAACGUGAUGCAGACCUGGUCACACUGGGUACAGCCUAUCAAGCCUCUCCAGGAUACUAACAUAAGCAAUUUGUUAUUUGCUGGUUUGUACGACACUGCGGAUAUCCGCUCUGCCGAGUCCCGUGCUGGUAACAUGCUGGCUGAUCUAUUCCUACGUAACAUUUCAGCUCAUUUUGCCGCUCUUGACGGUGGCAAUAUCCGUUAUGGUUUGAGUCAGAACUUCACAGAGCGCCUUCCCCUCACUGCAUUGGAUUUGUUUGAAGAGAAUCCUUUCCUCGGUGGUAUGGUCUCCUACGACAUAUCCUUAAUGGAGGUCUUUGGUUAUAUGAUCUAUUCCGCUCCAAUCGCCAUGGGUGGUCCUAACACGCCGCGUCCGGUCACCUCUGGUUUCGAGAUCGAGAUGGAUCCUACUUCUACUCAACACGGUGGUGUGAAGUUCAUCCGUUUCACUGGUACAAGUCAUAUGGCUGGUAUUGUCAACCGUACCCAGGCUGAAUGUGGUCAUCCGACUUUGAAGUGUGGUGAGAUUAUUUGGAAUGCUGAGGAGGGUUGGAAGGUCGAUCCCCUCACUAUGGUCGUCGUCACUGUUCCUGCGUACACGACCUGUGUAGACGUGGUGCUGAUAGCUACGCCAUCGACCUCAAUGGAGAAUCCACAUCCUUCGCUUGUCCCCCUGGUCCUGACUUCUUCGACUAUUUGA